GGAAAAAAACCCAAGCACUACCUGAGGGAAGAGUUACCUCCCAACUGCACCGGGACCCGCCACGUUGGGCGAGGCCCUCGGGGCUGAGCGCUGGAGGCUCCGCGGGACCCGACGGGCGCAGCGGGCUGGGGCCGCCAGCACCCCGGAGCCCGGGCGCUGCGCGCUCGGUGCGCCCUGUCCGAAGCGCCGGGCCGCUCCUCGAACGAAGGCCAUCGGGCACCGCGGGGAACCGGGGCACGGGGAAUCGAGCCGCCGGUCACCUUUUCCCGCCUGCCUCCGAGCCCAUCGGUGUCCGACCAGCGGCAGGGAAAGAAGAGGGGCGGCAGCUGCAGUGCCUGGUGGGUCCGCAUCGGGGGCGGAAAGGACAUCACGGUGUGAUGGCACCGACGAGGACCCCCGUGCCGCGGCCAGCCCUCCGUCGCUGCCUCCAGGACGGACCGGGGCAGGACGGACCGGGCUCGGCGCGCUGCAGAAGUGCAGGAGGCUGCGCUUGCCAGCUCUGGGCGCUAGGUCGUGGCACCGCGCCGGGGAUCGGCGGCGGCUGCCGGCAAUCCCGGGAGCCUCAAGGAAUGUCCAUCCGAAUCGGACAUCCUCUUCGUCAGCAGCCGCUGCCCGGGCAAUCCCCGAACUCCCUCAAGCAGUCUGCUGCCUCCGGGACACGUAGCGCGCCCGUACCUGGGUCCUCGGCCGCCGUGGCCCGCCCCAGUUCCCGCGUCGCCAUGCGGGACGCGGGGCCCCGGUGCCGCUGCCGGCUCGGCGACGGAGAGCGGGCGGCGGGAGGGCUGAGCCGGGCCAGGUGCGGUCCGUCGGGGCCCCGCAGCCCCGGGGAUAGGGCGGCCGCAGCACCAUCUGCUGGUGAGGGGCCCGGCGCGGCGGGGCAGCCGGCACCCACCUGCGGACACCCUCCGCGCCGCGGGCGGGGCGUGCCGGGGCUGCGGGCAGCAGCGCGGCUUCGGCAUCGAGGCAUAAAUCUCGCCGCAAGAGUGGCGAGCACCGGGGACCCGCCAGCCGCCCUCGGGGAAGCCGGCGGGUCGGGUACGAGCGGCCCGGGCGGCCGGAUCGGGGCCACUCCGAGCGCACGGGCAGCCCGCUGCGCCGGCAGGGCUGCCCGCCCCUGGGAACCCUCUCCAGCUUCUCCCGGUGUCCGUGCGGAGCUACUUGCGCGCCCCGACCGCCCCAGUCAGGGCCCGAGGGGCGGCGGCAGCGGCCCCGGGGAGCCGGGGGCAGUCCCGGAGCUCGGCGCGCUCGGCGGAGCCCCGCAGACAGGGGAAGCGCUCGGCCUGGGCCUGGUGAAGCCCGCGGAGAGCUCUGUCUCCGGUGGAAAUCUCCAGUCCCCCUGUCUCUCUGCCCUUGAAACGCCUCAAGACAAGAGGGGCAGCCACCCCUGCCAGUCCCGGCUCGCUCGGGCAGGGGCUGCGGCGGUACGGAGCCGCUGUGCUAACGCGUGGGGAAGGAUGAAACAUACCUCUGGCUCUGCUAGGGGUGAGCAGGGAGCACACGAACUAGGAUCUGCCGUGAAACCAUCCCGCCAAAGCGGAGACGGGAGCAGGGCUCAGGCAGCGCCUGGGAAGAGGCUGCCGAGCGCAGCGCAGGCUGACCCGGAGCAGCAAAGGGUGCCCGGGGCAGCGGGCUCUGGGCGCUGGAAUAAGAAAGAGGAUCCGGGGAAAAGAGCUGUGCAAUUUCAGCUGUGCAAAGCCCUGGCAUCCCGGCACAGGAAGAAGGCAAUUUAAGCCUGGAAAUUUGUGUUCGGCUGCAAACUCUUCUGCAGAGGUUUGCAAUAGCGCUUAAAACUGACCCAGGACCUAGAGCCUCCGUUUCAGAAGCUGUGCAGUUUUUUUGGGUGACCUCCAAAUGAGGAACACGAGUUUCAAAAUUAUCUCGUUAUUUUUUAAUAAUUUCUUCUAUGCUUUCAGAAGACGAGAGCAAGGCUUCAGGGGUAUUUGUUGUGAUUGCAGGCCGAAAUUUUGUAUCGUGCCUCCCUCCAAGGAUGGUUCUAUUUCAAACGAAAUUCCAGAGUGUUCUGUAGUAAAAGGGGGAAAAAAACCACAAACAAAACCUAAACAAAUUAGCCACUUUAAUCUCCUUUUUAUAUAUUUUUUCCUUACAAACACAUUACUUCGAAAGAGAAAUUGUUUAUUCUGAAAAGUUCCCCACAAUUAGUCUCUGCUUUGAACGCAAACUCCGGAUGCACUGAAGUCACUUAUCUGCGGAGAUAUCACCAACAACAUUAAACGGCAGGGAAAGAGGCAAAAAACCUCCCAAACGCCCGAGUCACCUUCCAGAUUCUGGGAAGACGACUUAAAGGAAAUAUUCAUUUACCUAUCUGAGCUUUCCAAACCAACACCGGGAGCUUGCCCCAGUCCUGUGCCCUCGGAAAUGCAAUUGCACCCCACUCUGCAUCUGACCCCAGCAGCUGCCAGUUAAAUCUAAAAAUGUAGUGGUUCGGGCUUUUUUUUGUUUGUUGGCCUGCUUUUCAAUAAAUCGUAGGCUUGCAAUAGAAAACAUUGCAAUCGUAGGCUUGCAAUAGAAAACAUUGAAACGCUAGACAUUCCUUGGUAGUCUGCGAGCGCGGGGGCAGCAGCGGAGGUGCGGGGAGCCCCGGGAGCCGCGAGUCCCGGGAGCCGCCGCUGCCGCCCGGCGCUGCUCGGGGACGGCCCCGGCAUCCAAAAAGAGUGGCCAGGGCCACCUCCUCCCCGGCCAGGCACACCAGAUAGGCGGUAUCUCAAUUCACACCAGCUGCGACCCUGGCUGGCCGUCCGCAGGGGCGGAGAAGCGAUGAGCCUUUCUUAUAUUACGAUAAUUACUUUAGAAAGCCUGACUCACAUAAAAAGUAUCUAUAAAGAUUUACUCGCGGUUUUGUCAAUUUCGAAAUAGGUUUCUCCGUUUUCCAUCUACUUUAAACUUGCUGGUUUUAAUCUCCAAAACAGUCAUUGGAAAAGAAAACUGGGGGAGGAGAAGCAUUUCUAUAAAGAGCUUAACCAAAGCACAUUAAAUAUUUUCCCAACAUCACCAAAUAAACAACAAUUCUCCAGCUCCCUAUAAACUAUUUAAAGCAUGUCAUAUCAUCUCUUUUGCUCUUGCCAAUGUACUUUUCUUUUAAUUUACAAGCUGAUUAGAGCAGGGGCCUGUCUUUUUGUAUAUAUUUGCAAAAUAUUUGGCACCCUUUCAGUCAGUUGCAGUUCACAAACACUUAAAACUGCAUUUAACUUCAUUAUUAUAGGUAGUCACUUCGAUUUUUCCUCUCUUUUGUAGAGCUACUGACUGUGAAAGUGCUUCUUGUAAAUGGUCUGAGCAGUUGAAGGUUUUCAGCAGAGGAAACCUCUUCAGAUGAAAAAAAAAAAGAAAAAAAAAAAAGGAAGAGAAGAACAAGAAAGCACAACGGAAAUCUAAACUCAGAUCUCAGGCAAUACAAAUUGGCCCAAAAGAAAAUGGGGGAAAUCUCCUUAGGAGGAACAUUUUUAGUUCACUAAAGAAUAAACUUUGCUCAUAAAUGAUGAAAGUUAUUAUCAUCAGAGGAUGUCCUGUACCAAACAAACCUCCAUUAGGCUGGGAAGGAUAAAACAGGCUAGACAGCCCUUAAAAAAAAAAAUCAUCAUGUCUUUGAUUCCCAAGAUAUCAACCAUGUCUGUUUCUUUAGUGCUGUCAAGUAAAUCUGAGUUAUGGAUGCUCUAAAAGAAGCCAGCAAGGAGAAAAUUCAGCAAGUGAAAAUUAAGAGUGUUAUCCAUACUUCACAAAAGUACACUUUCUUUUCAAGCUCUUAAGCUUCUGCCCUGUAGCAUGGUAUGACAGUUUCUUAGAAGAGCAAGGCCAGUGAAUGUGGUAAAGCUGUGAUCAUCAGAGCAUGCAAUUGCAUGACAGAUUCUUUUUACUGAGCUUUCUGCUCUUUCUGCAACGCGGUGUCCAUCAUUUUCACCACAAGAGCCUUAACGUCUGGAAUGCAACCUCCUAGAACUGCCAGUGCCUCAAGUUUUUGUUACUUAAUUUCCAGUUCUGCGAGAAGUUAGAUACCAUGUACUCUGUUGGAAUAAACAGCAUUUAUUGUUUCCCUCAUCUGCCUUAUUGUUUUACUUUAUCUGACUUCUGAUGCAUGGUCUCAAAAAUUCUCUUACAAGCCCCAGGGUACCCUGGUCCUGCAGAUUUGUCCAUAGAGAGAACUUGUGAAAUCCCAAAGUGCUGAAGUCCCAGCAGGACUUCGGAAGUCCUUGAAAGACUGAGAUGCACAAUUUCCAUAAAGCUGCAGGAAUUGCGCUGGGGCUCAAACCAGGUGCCAUCUCAGCACACAGAAAUCCUCUUUGCCCAGGGCAUCUUCAGCAAGCAGAAAAAAAAUCCACAUAAUGACUGAGAACAUUUCAGUGUACAACAAUGCCCUUGGACAGAGAAUGCUCUUUGGCUCCAUUAACUUUUCUGUACUCAUCAAUGGCCUGGUCUGAUUUCACUUUUGUCUUUCACAUCUUGAGAAGCAGCAAACACCGCAGCAAUUUGUCACAGUCAAAGACACACAGAGUGAGAAGACAACAGUGAGACUGGAGCUCUGCAGUGCCCUGAAGACCACAACAGCCUUGGAAACCUUUUUCUUCAGAUUUAGCCCAGCUCUGAGCAGCAGAGAAAUGUGUAGAAUUAUUCCUGUUUCACAUCAUCACGUGAAAAAGAAAGAGAAGUGAAUAUGCCAAUUUUACAAGCCUGAGAAUGAAUGUGAGCGAGUAUUUGUCCCACCAUCUGGGGGAGAUGAUAGAGGUGAAGGAAGAGGGAAUAUGAGGGGGAUGGUAAAAGUUGACAGAGACCUUCUAUUUUUCUGGAGGGAUGCUUUACAUUCCAGCAGCAAAAAUGGAGGAAGCGGACAUGAGAAUUAGAUCAGAGAGGGGAAGUAAGAAGAUGGAUGAAGUGCAAGACUGGAGGAGCAAACGAGUCAAUUAUGAAAAAGAGGAAGGAACUGUGUGCAGAAAUCAACGAGGAGAUGGAGCUCAGGGGAAGGAACAGCAGCCAAAAUGCUCUCAAAUCAGAGAAGCUGCUGGGGUGAGAGAGACAGAAAAGAAUUGGAAUAUUUCAGGUAAUGAUAAAAUUGUAAACCCCUGCCUGCUGUAUUUAUUUGCGUAGGGCAAAAAAGCUCUCUGUCAAACAUCUGAGCAUGGCCCUGCUACAGACAAAGACAGGACAAAUCAGCUGUGUCAAAGCUGCAAACUGUUGGUGUGCAUUAGAGAAAUCAGAAGCAACACAAGAAACUCAAGGCUAGAGAGUAAGAGGAGAAAACUAUGGGUCAUGCCUGAAAAGCAGACAAAUGGAUGAAGCAGAAAUAAAGUUAAAUGCCCAUGAGGAACCACAAAAUUCAGAGGCUCAGAAGAGAGCACCACUGAAUGAGGGGGAAAGGCCAGCAGUACAUCAGUGACCUGUACUCAUGGAGGGAGGAGUCUCGGGCUGAUGCCAGAUGGACUUUAAACCAAAUACUCUGCUUCCAUUGCCCAGAAAAAGCAAUGCUCUUUCUGCAUAAAUUCCAGAGCCUUUACAAGAAGUCAUCAUCACCUCAGCAUUGCUUAAGGGCUGGCAUGUCAGCAGAAGUGAGGGGUGAGGUGCAGAGUCCCUAACCCAGGCACAGAACCUUAUUGGCCUGUAGGGAAGGUGCAUUUAUUCACAGCACAGACAUCCUUGUCCUUUCUACCAUGGGCAACUGGGUAUUGCCUUGUAUCUUCUCCCUCCGCAGUUCCCCUUCUGUUGGUCCUUUAGAACAGCAACAGUUGGGAAAGCUAAAAAUAAAGCUAUAUAAGCAAUAUAAUAGGCAUGCAAUUGCAUGUCUAUUUCCUUUGAAAAAAUGAUGCUUUAUUUCCUGUUCAAUGGAAAAUACAGUUUGAUGUUACAACUAUUAGGUUUUGACUGAAUGCAGAAAUGUGACCGAAACAAUGACAUUUCCCCCCCUGUAUUUACUAUUACCAUAUGUCACUGAUUAUAUAUUUAAGUUGCAAAGAUGAAUUAAAUUUCAUGGCUUCCUCAAGCUAGAUUGUCUUGGAAUGGACUGUCUUUUGUUACUUACCAAAAUGCUUGGAAAACAGUUUAAAUCAAAACAGCAGACUUUUGGUAUCAUUUCAGGAGAAAACUGGUUAUCACAAACCAAGUGCUUAACACAUCAUCAUCCAGAAGGCAGGGUAAAGCCUUGCAAAGCUGCAGCCAUCAUGGCCAGGAUAGAGAAAGAGGUUAAUUGAACACCACAGACUUAAAGAUGGAAAAAGGAGAGGGAAAAAAAAAGACAUUGUUUGAAGCUCUCUUGCCUGGGGUCUUAUUCCUUCUGCUUCUGAAGUUAUCAUAUAUCCCACAUCACAGUGUUUAUUUCACUUACUUAGGGAAAGUAUCUUCUCUAAGCUGGCUACAGGGCAUUAGUGACAAUCAGAUUGCACAUAUGUUCCAGAGAAGCCAGCCUUGUCCUUGCUAGAUUUCCUCCCGCUUUCUGGGGAGAAAUUUGUUGUUUUUUUUUUUUUUUACUCCUUCUGUUUCCCAUCAUGAUUUGGAUUGCUAACAUUUCUAUCCCCACUAGGAGUCUCUGGUGGCUCCUGGCCCUUUUCUAAAGGACCAGCGGACAGCAGAGCCCCUGGGCUCCCAUCAAGCAGGAAGGAAGUGAAUUGCAACCCACAGCCUCCCGGAGUCCGAUUUCAGACCUUAAGGUGAUGUAAAAAGAGUUUAGGAAACUCCCCAUGUCCGUGCUUCCCAUUUCCUCCAGGUCCUGUCUGGACCUGAACAGCCAGAGCUGGAAGAGGACAGUGGUGACUGGAGAAGUCACUGCUGGCAGGUUUGUGGAUAUUGCAGGCUGUGGCACAAGAGGGUGGCAGACACAGUGUAAAGCAGAACCUGAACAGCGCUGGUGAGUGGGAAUCAGGUUGUCAUUCCUAACUGAAGAGUUUGGGAAGAACAGGUAAAAGAAGUAGGAUUCAGCAUAAGAGAAGAGAGACGGCUAUGCUGUGCCUGCUGAAGGAGUCAGCCGGCAGGAUACAGCCAGGACAGGCCUCAGUGAGAACAUUGCAAAUUCAUGUCAUACUUUGCCAAAGACUCAAUCAAUUGAGCAUGUGCUAAAGCUGAGUUUGUUUUGUCCUA